AUAGAUGCAUCACAGAUUCAUGGGAUUGAUCUGCAGAGUUUGCAGCGGAAGCAGAUGGGCACACAUGCACACAUCACCACAACAGCAACAGGGCCUCGAAAGGAUUUCGUGCAGCCGGCUUAUCGCUCCCCACUCCUUCCUCUGCCUUGUCACCACAUGCUCACCCACGCUAUCCCCUCAGCCAUCCAUCACAGGACAGAUCAGAAGAGCAUACGUGUUUGAUCGUCCCCCCUCGCCUGUGCCCUGCCCCCAUUUGUCUUUCCACCCCCGGAUGUCCGCGGCAAUCUAACCUCUGGCGCUUCUCGCCUUUCGGCCACGCGCUGCGAGCCGACCCCCGCCCCGGACAUGCAUCCGUCCAGUUGCUCUCGACUCGUAACGCAUGUCUAGGGCCCGAGGAGGGCAACACUCGCUUGACGAUGUCGGACGAGAUAGGACUCCUGAUAGGAAGAAGACGCCCUCUGUUGCUGUGGCAAAUCGUUCGGCGAUCUGCGCCUGGACAUGAUAAGAGUCACCUGCACCACCUGAUAGACAGCAGCCAGCAGGUGAUUGGGAUUCAGAGCAAGGGUCCCCUGUAGCACCCAGUCUCCACCCCCUGGCACUACGCUGGGUACGCUGGGCUACGCAUGCACCCCCUACACUCCCCAGGUCGCAGCUCCGGCCGUGGGAGUGUUCGGGAGUGCCGCUUAUCUUUGUUUAUCCCUGAACGGUAAUGCCUACGUGCCUGGCUCCAUUUUUGAAUUCCGGGUUUCCAGCAAAUAGCCCUCGCAAAAUCACCAUCUCUUCUCUCUUCCACAUCCACCAUGUCCACCUUCAGGCCCAUCCUCCGCUCCCUCAGGGGAAACACCCCCCUCAGGCAAACUACCCCGCCCCUCCGCUCCACCAGACCCACCUUCACCUCCAACCGCCUCCUCUCCACCCGUUCCUCGCCAUCGGGCCACAGCUCUGGCGGUGGGGGCGGCGGGGGCAAGCGACGCUACCUCCCCUACGCCCUUCUCCCCGCUGGCCUCUUCCUCUUGCCCGCCGCCACCCUUGCUUGCGACCCCGACCCCUCCACCCUCCCUCCCCCGUCCUCCCUCUCCUCCGCCUCUACCUUCCAGCUCUUCAAAGCCUGGUUCGUCUGGACCCUCAUCUGCACACCGGGCAUGGUCGACUACUCGCCCGCCAUCCUCGACUUUUUCUUCAAGACACCGCUCAAAGCCCCCGUCGAGUGGUUUGUGCGAAACACCUUUUUCGAGCAGUUUGUACCUGGCGAGAGUGUCGCAGAGUGUAUGCCUGCGCUGCACGCGAUGAGGGAGAGGAAUGUCGGUGCGAUGCUCAACUAUUCUGCCGAGGUCGACGAGUCGCAGUUGAAGGGCAGCGGCCCUGAUCGCGACGCGCAAGACAGGGCUGAGCGUGAGAAAAAGCUCGGUCAGGUUUUGCUCGCGUUGGAAGUCGCUGGAGAGUACGAGAGGGGUUUGCCUAUCGAGCAGCGCGGUGUCACUGGGUUCGCCCUCAAGAUCACUGGUUUGGUGGACUGCAACAUUCUCGAACGCGCCUCCUACUCUCUCCUCCGUCUCCGCCCCCUCACCAAUUCCAACUCUGCCACCUCGCCCACCUCUGCCACUUUCGUCCCUUACCCCGGUACACCCCAGUCCGCCGAUGCGCAGAUCGUCGCUCGAUCCUCCAUGGAGGGCGAGCGAGGCCUCGGUAAAGGCUUGGAGCUUCUCGCUUUGGGGGGCAAGUUGGAUGAGAUGGGUGUGCUGGAGAGCGACCAUGGAUUGCGAGAGGGCGAUAUGGAGGAGCUUAAUGAGCUUUGGGCCAAGUUGAAGAUCAUUGGUAACAAGGCCAAGGAAAACAAUAUCAACUUGUUUGUGGAUGCCGAGCAUACUUGGUACCAGCCCGCUCUUGACGCGUACACCCUGUUGCUGUCGCAAGAGUUCAACAGACCGCCCGUCAAGAAGGACGACACCUGGACCGGUCCCAUCAUCUUCGGUACAUACCAAUCCUACCUCACCCGCCAACCAUCUCACCUCAUCCACGCCCUCGCCCACGCGGACGCCCACGGCUACGCCCUCGGUAUCAAACUCGUCCGCGGCGCCUACUUUAUGCAGGAACGCCAGAAAUGGCUGGACGAAGGCCGACAUGGUGCUGACCCCAUCUGGCCCAACAAGCCUGCUACCGACAUGGCUUACGACGGGUCCAUUGCGACCAUCAUGACAACUAUGAAGGAACAGUUGGACAGCCAGCACCCCGAGCGAGCGUUGAGUGUCGUCUUUGGCACGCACAACUCGGAGAGCUGUGAUCUCGUGUGUGACGGGUUGGUCAAGAACGGGCUUGCGUUCACCGACCCCAUUUCGCACAUGCUCCACCUCCGCCCGGACGUGCGGGGCAAGAUCCGUGUGGCUCAGCUGUACGGUAUGAAGGACGACCUCACGGACAGGAUGUCUACGAGGUUUGUGAAUGACGGCAAGCCCGUGGCGCUCAAGUAUAUUGCGUACGGCAAGUUGGACGAGGUGAUGCCUUAUUUGGGACGAAGGGCGAUUGAGAACAAGAGCUUGAUGAGUGGGGACCAUGGGAGUGGGGCGGAGAGGAAGAGGGUUGGAGCAGAGUUGAAGAGGAGGAUUUUCGGUUAGACCGUACGAUGAGGGGAGGGGUCAUACAUUUGCAUUCCGGGUAUCAUAUGGGUUCCAUUCCAGCAUUUGACGAACAUGUAUGCAUAAACGAUCACAGUAAUAUGACUCGGUGUUGGUUGGCUGAACUGAAUGUGGUGAUACACUUAUCUAGCUGCUCCAGCGCCCACCACCAACACCUUCUUGCGAUGCGUGCCGUCUUGUGUCAUACCGUUUGCGCUGCCGUGUUCUAUGUCGCGAGCCGAGGGAUCAGACAUCGGCUGUAGUUCAGCCUAUGAAUGGAGGGAAAAGACUGUGUAGAGGCAGAUUGUAC